AAGGUAGAGGAAGUUGGGCUCCCGCCUGGAAGGGAGGCGGGAGGGAGUCCGGCUCCUGUUGUUUUCCGCGAGCGGGAGUGGGUGGCGGGCGCAGAGGGCGGGGUGCGCCCUCCCACCCCGGGCCGGGCGCUCCGGGGCCAGAACCGCGUCGGGAGCCCGGCGCAGCUCCCAGCCCCGGACUUCGGGCUCAGCCCAAGCAUCCUUCCUGGGGGCUGCGGAAAGCGGAGCUACUCGGUCGUUCCGAGGACUCGGGAGGAGCGCUCAGUACCCCGGGGGCCGGGGCCCUAGGGGCGGGGGCGCACGUCCACCCAGCCGGCGCCUGCGCUUCCUGAGGAGCCCCCGGCCGGCAUCGGGGGCGAGAUGGCCGCGGGCGUCCGGCCGUCCCGGCCGCAGGUCCUCGUCUGCCUCGGGGUGCUGCUGGCCCGCUGGGUCGCCGCAGGAUUAGGGGCUCCGGUCAUCGGAGAGGUUCACGAGAACGUUACUCUGCACUGUGGCAACAUCUCGGGACCAAGGGGCCUCGUGACCUGGUACCGGAAUGACUCGGAGCCUGUCUUCCUCCUGUCCUCCAAUUCCAGCUUCCGGCCGGCUGAGCCGCGCUUCUCUCUGGCCAAUGCCAGCUCGCUGCACAUCAAGGCGCUGAGGCUGCAGGAUGAGGGGAACUACACCUGCCGGGAGGUCCUGAAUGAGACGCGGUGGUUCCGAGUGUGGCUGCGGGUGGCCCGCGGUCCCUAUGAGGUUGAGGUCAACAUCUCCAGCACCGGCACGCUCCCCAAUGGCACCCUCUAUGCAGCCAAAGGCUCCCAGGUGGACUUCAGCUGUAGCAGUCGCUCUUGGCCUCCGCCAGUGGUUGAGUGGCAGUUCCGGGCCCCCGAUUCCAGCACUGAGCCCUUUGGAAACAACCUGACGGUCAGCAGCUUCAUUCUGCUGCUCAUGUCGCAAAACCUCCAAGGGAACUACACGUGUUUGGCCACGAACACGCUCAGUGGGAGACAGCGGAAGGUGACCACCGAGCUCCUGGUCUACUCACCCCCUCCGUCAGCCCCUCAGUGCCGGGCAGAGAUGUCACAAGGACAGCUCACGCUGCAGCUCACCUGUCGCUGGGACGGGGGAUACCCAGACCCGGACUUCCUAUGGACAGAAGAGCCAGGAGGUGUGGCCGUGGGGACGUCCAAGCUGGGGGUGGAGAUGCUGAACCAGUCCCAGCUGUCAGAUGGCAAGAAGUUCAAGUGUGUCGGGAGCCACAUAGUGGGACCAGAGUUGGGAGCCAGCUGUGUGGUGCAGAUCAGGAGUGCCUCCCUUGUCUCUGAGCCCAUGAAGACUUGCUUCGUGGGGGGCAAUGUGACGCUCACCUGCCAAGCGUCUGGAGCCUACCCCCCUGCCAAGAUCCUGUGGCUGAGGAACCUCACCCAGCCCGAGGUGGUCAUCCAGCCCAAUGGCCACUAUCUCAUCACCCAGAAUGGCCAGAGCUCCACACUCACCAUCCGCAACUGCUCCCAGGUCCUGGAUGAGGGCUACUACGUCUGUCAGGCCAAGAACCCGGUGGGGGUGCGGGAGGUGGACAUCUGGCUGAGUGUGAAAGAACCUUGGAAUAUUGGUGGGAUUGUGGGCACCAUCGUGAGCCUCCUUCUGCUGGGACUGGCCAUUAUCUCAGGGCUUAUGUUGUAUUACAGCCCUGUGUUCUGCUGGAAAGGAGGAAACACUUUCAGGGGGCAAGACAUGGGUGAUGUCAUGGUUUUGGUGGAUUCAGAAGAAGAGGAAGUAGAGGAGGAAGAUGUGGCCGAAGAGGAGGAAGAAGAGGAGGAGGAAGCAGAUGAGAGGGAGGAGUCGCCAAAAGAAAUACAUAAGCAUGGCCACAUCCAUAGAGUGACCGCACUGGUGAAUGGGAACGUAGACUGGAUGGGGAAUGGACUCCAGGCUCUGCAAGAUGAUAGCAGCGAGGAGCAGAGUGACAUCGUUCAAGAAGAUAGGCCAGUUUGAAGAAGAGAACUGUCCUUCGUUAUCCUGUCUUGAAAGCUUUGACUUGACUCACACCCCUGCCUGAGGACUUAAAAUGGUUUGGGACUCUCAGCAAAAAAGAAAAACACACACACGUAUAUUUCCUGCCCCCCUCCCUUUUUUUCCCUAAAUCGGUUGACUUGCUGUAAGUUUUCUCAUUGAUGUUAAAAAGUAUCAGGAACGGGCAGUAUGGGGGGGGGAAGGUGCGUUCGGCAUCUGAGGUGCCCCUUUUCACUGUGACUUCUGGCUUUAUCCAGCUUGACUGAUGCUGAUCUGGGGGGAGGCACUUGAGCUCUGUGCUCAGGGCUCUCAGUGCACCAUGAAAGGUCAGUGAUCAGCUUGCCCCAACACACAAGGGAAUAAUGUGGGGUCAUGGCCCAGGUAAGCUGGAGAUCCAGGUGGACGUCACCUCCCUGGAAAAGGUGAGGAGAUGUCAGUUGCCGAUGCUAGUCAGAGGGAGGCAGUUUGGCUCAGGUUUUGGAGGCUUGAAUCUGGGCCCUGUUUCUUGUUUCAUGGGCUCGGGCACGUUGCUUUACCUCUCCCCGGGACCUCAGUUUUCCUCAUCUACCAAGUAGGUGGAAUCAUACCGGCCGUACAGGGUACGGUGGGUCCUAAAUGAGGUACUUGUGGGUGUGAAAGUGCCCAGGAGGUGUUCAGUAGAUGUUGGUUAUCUUCUCUUUUGCCCUCCCUGGUGGAAGAAACAAGGUCAACUGUAAAUUACAAGCUGCCACCUUGGCCUCCCGUUCUUUGUUGAAUGGUUUCAGAUGAGAGCUCUCCUGAUGGUAUUUGCUUCCCCGGAGGUAUAGUUCUUUUCAAAAGAGGUAGGGGCCCAUAAGAGGAAGUGCCUUUCACUAGAACCUCUCAUUUUGCAGAGCUUCAUAUUUAUACAAAAGCCUCUUAGGUGACACCCUAUUGGUUUUCAGAAUUUCCCAUUCUUCCUUUCUCCUGUGGCUUUGAAAGAAGGCAGGAGAAAUGUUUUGCAGGGGAGUAUCUGGUGAGAAGUACCCCUUGGGCACACAAGUUCAUCCGGCCUCAGUUUCUAGAUCUUGGAAAUGGGAAUGAGAAAACUUGUUUCCUUCCCACUUCCUAAGGAAAUAGAUUACGAGGCUACGUUGAUCAAUAAUGCGAAGUUUGGACUGAAAAUAACAUAUGAUGAGUUUAAGCUGCUGUUUCCAGAUCCCUGGACAGUUCAGAGAUUUGUGUUUCUCUGAUUUCAUCCAAAUCUCUUAAACAUCAGGGACCUACUAACGGUGCAAAAGAUGUGUGCUAAACCUGAAAAUCUGAUGACUUGAGUUUGCACUCUUUACUGUUCAUAUCCUGCCUAAUGGGCAAGACGUGGGGCUUCAUGGAGAACUUCCUUUCUCCAGCAAUAGGGACUGGGACUCCUGUGAGACGAGAAGCUGGUUAUCUGCAGGAUUACCCUGGAGGUGUGGUUGGGACAGGUCUACUUUCUUGGAUGAAAAGACUGAACUGAGAAAAUCACUAGAAGUGAGCCCUGUUCCCAGCUCAGAGCCCUGGCAAUCACAGGAGCUGGCUGCAAUUUCUACCCCUCAGGAAUAGCUGCGACCUGCUAACAGUUCUUGUGUGGUGGGUCUUUUGCUGCAUUGUAUUUCAGUACUUAACCACUCUGGCCAGCCUGAGUUAGCAUUGUUUCAGAACAGGAGACUUUUUUUUUUUUUUAAUUUUUUUUUCAACGUUUUUAUUUAUUUUGGGGACAGAGAGAGACAGAGCAUGAAUGGGGGAGGGGCAGAGAGAGAGGGAGACACAGAAUCGGAAACAGGCUCCAGGCUCCGAGCCAUCAGCCCAGAGCCUGACGCGGGGCUCGAACUCACGGACCGCGAGAUCGUGACCUGGCUGAAGUCGGACGCCUAACCGACUGCGCCACCCAGGCGCCCCCAGAACAGGAGACUUGAGUUGAGUUGCCGCUAAAGUCACUGAACACUGAGCUUGUCUCCCUUUAGAAUCUUCCGUCAUUAAAUUCCUGAGGAGCCCACUCUGCAGAGGCAACCAUGUUUAAAAAGAGAAUAAGAAAAGAAACAGGAAAAAAAAAAAAUCCUUAGGUAGGAACACAGAGAAUGAUUUGUAAGAUCACUGAGAUGCUUUCCAGAACUUCCCUCUUCUCUUGCACACGCACUUGAUGAUCAAAAAUCUUCGGGGAGGGGUUGUUCCACUAUCAAUAGGGGGCUUCAAACACUAUAAAGCCUAGAUUAGCUGACCCAUGACUUCUGUCACUUAUAUCUGAGCCCUAUGUGCACAUUAAUAUAGCUGGGUCAAUUAAGAGCGCAGGUACUGGGGUUCUUCAAGCUUUAAGGAUUUUUACAGAAUUAGGGCUUGCUUUUAUUUUAAGUCGACCCCCACCCCCAAAAUUACAAGCAUGUUAACAGUGGGUUACAAAAUCUGUGUGGCAAAGUCCAAGUUGUUACGUUGCGCUGUUACACAAUCUUAACUGAAUGUAUUGUGAACUGCAAGAUCUCCUUAUCAGAAGCAGGAAGAUAAAUACUGAAGGGCUAUCACAACUGACAUUUCAGCACGGGACACUGGGGAAGGGCUCUGGCAAUCCUGUGGCUUUGAUAUUAGUCCUAAUUCUCACAAGUACACGCAGGCCCUAUUACUGCAGAAAGCCCGUGAUGGAAAACUCCAGAACCCAUGCGCCAACACCUGGAAAAUCAUUCCUGCCGGGUAAAGUCUAUCAUGAUGCAGUAAGUGCCAUGGGACUGACCAGGAACUGCUGCAAAGAAAAAUUAGCAGAUCCCUCUGCGUUAUUUACAUUUUAAUAUUUGGUGUGGGGGGGGGGGAAUGGGUAAGAGAAAUUUAUUGAGGUUAUAAUGUGGAUUUUUUAAAAAAGAUUAUGGAAUAAAGUUAUUUUUAAAUAAA